AUGUCAGACACUUGUAUAGUCUGUUUAGGAGACUUGAGCAACGGAAAUGGUGGCGCCUCAGCCCUUCCUAGCACCCUUGCCAAGUCUCCCCAGAAUGACCCCAGCGCCGCCGACUCCAAGUCUAUCGAUGCUCAAGAUACCACCCUAGCACCCACCACCGAUUCCAUUUCUGAUGAGUUGAUCGCACAUCUUCGCCCCUGUGGUCAUUACCUUCACAAUGAGUGCCUUACUCCUUGGGUGGAAAGGGCCAACAGUUGUCCAAUAUGUCGAGCCAGCUUUCAUCUGGUGGAACUCAUGCAUGCCAUCAAUGGCGAUGUCAUUUCCUCCUACCCUGUUGAACAACGCACUCAGGUCGCCGAACUAGACCCGUCCAUGUUCCUGGAGAUACCCGAUGAAGAGGAUGAUGAACAACAGUGCCAGGCUUGUGGAGAGGACGAUAAUGAAGAUGUACUCAUGUACUGUGACAGUUGCCAAAAGUUGUGGCACACAUAUUGUGUUGAUCUACAAGAGGUGCCUUAUGGUGCAUGGUUUUGUGACAACUGCAGAGCCGUACGUGAAGUGGAUCCUCGACCACGUCUGUCUCGACCCAGUCGGUCGCGCAGACGUACUCGUGGCCAACAACGCAGGCAACGUGGGACUCAGACUGUCAAUGACCUUAGUUGGAAUCAAGUAUGGCAAACAGUCUGGAGUCGAAUCAACAUUGAUCUGGAUUUUCCUCAUGAGGACGAUGAAUCGUCAGCCACUUACUUCAGACGUCAUCGACAGCAUGUUCAAUCCAACCGUCAAACACACGAAGCUUGGCGACGACGUAUGCAAGUUGCUGAGCUGAAUGGGGCUGGGCAUCGUUUUAGGGAAACGGAACCUAAUCUACCGAGCAGUCCUGGAGGCGCCUCAACACCUCGAAAUCGAUUAUUGAGAUCCUCACCAAUCCCACCCAUCGAGAAUCCAGAAGAAUUAUUGGCAUGGAAUGCUUUCGAGCAAGCACGGGCGUCGUCGAAUGAACCCAGCUCAUCUCGUAAGAAGAAACGAAAGUCCCGAAGUGCUUCACCGGCCGAGACCGACGAUCAAUCAACUCCUGCCAUCAAGCGACGAAGAUUUAGUCAGUCUAGUCGUAGCGAUACUGAACAAAGUCUACCAUCGUUGGUAGCAUCCCGACCCCGGGCCAGGCCACGACCCCGGGCAUCGAGACUUCAAAGUCAUAUUCCCCAACGACAGCCAUUGGUUGAGUCGGGCGCACCAAGCUUUCUCCAGUCACUUCUACAGGAAGUGGAGGACUCUGGUUCGAGCACCCAUAAUAUCGGUCUUCACCGGCCAUCUCCUCGCCCAGCUGGAAGUCCACCUGCGGACCAUAGCUCACCUCGACCUUCGUCACCAGCAUUAUCUCCAUUACCUUCAAAUCAUUCUUCACCGCGCGCCACCUCUGCCACACCUCCUCCACUGGCUGCAUUCCGUCCAGGAUCUCCCACCGGCCUUUCGUCAAGCAUACAACCUGUUUUUCCAUCGAUUGAUUAUUCACCGUUACGACCCAAUUCUCCAGAUUCGAGCAGUCCAAAGCCAGCAGAGGCAAUCUCUCCGCAAGCCAAUUCACCAAAGCCUACACAAUCUUUGGCUACACCUCUGGCACAACCACGACCUAGAAGUCGAAUUCCACAAAUCUUGAACACGUCAACUCCACCUAUUCAGCCACUACCAAGUGAAUCUUCUCCCACCAGGACGAACAUGCCAUUAUCUGCAAAAGAAGAUGUACAAAGACUGGUCGCGGCCGCUCUCAAACCACACUAUAGUGAUCAAAAGAUCACCAAAGACGAAUACACAAACAUCAAUCGAGAUAUAUCGCGAAUGCUUUACGACAAGAUCGGCGACCUUCGAACACUCGAUGGCGAAGGCAGAGCCAAGUGGGAGAAGGUCGCAGGCGAAGAGGUCAGCAAGGCAGUCAGCGCCCUGAAAGCAUAG